AAUUUUACUCUCGUGUAACCGCCUCAUUGAGUCAUUUCCCACCUAUAAAAUCCCAAACACAUAUGAAUCGUUUGGCGCUUCUUUCAUUUCCCCCAAAUUCUUUCACACCUAAAUUCCCAGGGUUUCAUUUAAUCUCUCUCUCUCUCUACUAAUCAAUCGCACAGUUCAUUUGUAUAACUUUCAUUUACCGAUCGACGGCGAUUCAAUCACCGGAGCUAUAGCUGCGGCAUCGUGUGAUUUGAAUCGGAAAAUGAGCAAGCUAGUCGGAUUAUCGGGCAUGAAAAGCCUCGAUCAGUUCAAGUCCUCGUUAGAAUCGUCUAGUUUCGGAGCUCCGAAAGCGUUCCAGAUCUCUUCACGGCAACCUUCCUAUACGAACUCCUCCGGAAGCUACGCGAAUUUGAAGCUCGCUGCAGAGAAAUUGGCGAAAGAGCAAGCUUCUGCGAAGACCGAUCUCGACCUAGCUAACUCUAAAAUAAGGAAAUUAUCGGAGCAUAUUAGUGCAUUGGAAGAAAAGUUGCAGAAUGCUUAUAAUGAAAAUGCAAAGCUGAAAGUGAAGCAUAGGGAAGAUGAGAAACUUUGGAGUGGGCUAGAGUCAAAGUUCUCCUCCACAAAGACCUUAUGUGAUCAGCUUACUGAAACUUUACAAACUUUAGCUGAUCAGGUUCAGGAUGCUGAGAGAGACAAAGCCAUCUUCGCAAAUAAGUUGUCUGAAACUUCAGCAGCUCUUGAAAAUCUGAAUGAUCAGAUGAAGUCUCUGUCGCUAAGGCUGGAAUCCUCAGAAGAUCUCCUUAAAAAUCGCGACAAAGAAUUGACGGAACUUUGCAUUGACAAGGAAAAUGUAGCGAAACAACUUAGAGAAGAACAAAGCAAAGUCUUCGGUCUUGUCAACGAAAAAGAUAACCUAUGCAAGAACUUUCAAGAGACUGUAACAUCUCAUGAAUCAACCUUAGCGUGUUUGAACUCUAAAUUGAGUGAGGUGCAGCUUGAGCUAAUCUCAAAGGAAGAUAGGCUAAAUAAGAUGCAUGACUUAUGUGAAGUAAAGGAGAAGGAGAAUAUUGAUCUCAUAGCCAAGAAUAAGAAUUUUACCGAGCAUUUAAACAAAGCAAUGCAGGAGAACCAGAGCUUAGAAAAUGUUGUGAACAUGCUGAGCGUUAAGCUGACAGAUUUGGAUAGCCAGAGUGCAGCCUUUUGGCAGAACAUUCUUAAAGUCAAUGAUCGCUUUACUUCUUGCUUUGACUUACUACAAGAAGAAAAAAAGCUUUCAACCCAAAAGGCACAACAGUGUUUUGAUUCGCUUCAUGGUCAACUUCUAAAUAUCACUUCAGAAAAAGAUGCACUCCAGUUGGUCAAUCAAGAGUUAAAGAGUAAGGUCAGUGAGCUACAGAAUGAUCUAAAAUUCACAAUGGCCCAGCAUGCAGAAGAAUGUCACCUAUCAGAAGAAAAGGUUCAGAGGUUAGAGUCUGAAGCAGAAGCUCUUCUUUCAAAGAAGUCUGAAUUGGAGAACCUGAUUACCAUUUUGGAGGAUAGAAUCUGUUCUUUAUCUGAAGCUUCUAAGAUCUCAGAGAUACAGAUGCAAGACUUUCAGUUAAAGUAUUCAGAGACCGAAACUGAGAAUAAAGAGAGUAUCAGAAAUCUUCAAGUAGAGAUAGAUAUGAAGAAAGAGGAAAUGGAUGCUCUGAGAAGCGAGAUUGUGAAGCAUGAGCAGCAUGUAAGUUCAUUGGAAGAACAACUUACUCAGAUUCACGGCCUGCUACAGGAGAAGGAACAGGCUGUAUUAGAAUUUAAGGAAAGAGAGAAACAGCUCGAAGAUCAGAAUGCAGAGGCUCAGAAGUUACUCGCUGAUGCUGAAGGUAGUGUCGUGGAAGCUAAGAAGCAAUACGAUCAGAUGUUAAUUAGUAAACAGUUGGAAUUGUCAAAGCAUUUGAAGGAAAUAUCUCAAAGGAAUGACCAGGCAAUUAAUGAUAUUCGAAGGAGGUAUGAAGUGGAGAAGCAGGAAUGCAUUAAACUUGAGAAAGAAAAGGCUGAAAAAGCAAUUCUAGAUAUGGAAAAGAAAUGUGAGCUUCAGCUUUCAGAGAUCAAAGCGGAAUCGAAGCAGCAACUGAUGCGGAUAGAGGGAGAUCACGCUGAUUUGGUUAAGAGAAUACAGCAGGAAAAUGAUAAGAAGGAAGGAGAUCUUAAGUCAGUUCAUCAUGAAGAGUUAAAAAAGGUGAAAAUCCUUGCCGAGAAUGAACUUAGAGAGAAAACCAAGUUACUCAAGAAUCAACAUGAAGCUGAGUUAAGGGAGUUAAGGUCUCAACAUGAAGAGGAGUGUAGGCAUCUCGAAGAAGAGCUGAAUAUCCAGAAGGACAAGGUAUUUGCAGUUCAUCUUUAUGGUCUUCAAGGAAUAUUCACCUUCUUUUUUCCCCUAAGAGAUGUUAUUUUAUCACAGGAGGAGAGGCAGAAGGCUUUGUUGCAGUUGCAAUUGAAAGUAAUGGGUGAUCAGCCUCAAGAAGACCAAGAAGUGACCUCAAGAAAGGAUAUGCCUUACAUAAAUGCAACACAACCACCAGUAAAAAAUUUGUCAAAGAAAACAGAGAAGGUUGGAGCUGUAAUUAGCAUUCCCAAGCACAGUAAAAAGGUAACUCACCGUGAAUAUGAAGUUGAAACAUCCCAUGGUACAAUCACAAAGCGCCGUAAGACAAAGAGUACAAUAAUGUUUCAGGAUCCAAAUAAGAACAAGAGGCGAACUCCAAAAGUCAAUACUCCUAGAGAUGCUAUUGCGCGAAUGAAGGGAGGGAGUCAACAAAAUCCUCAUACUAUAGGUGAUCUUUUCACAGAAGGAUCGUUGAACCCGUACGCCGAUGACCCUUAUGCAUUUGACUAG